CCUGGAUUUGCGCCAGGCGAAUAGUGCACGGCGAAAUCACAGCUUCACGAGCAGGCUCUCGGGGUCUAUCUUGACCAUGUACCAAGGUCUGGUGCAGUGCGAGAGUACUAACUGGAGACCUCCUUGACAAUCAGGACAGCCGCCGUAAAGGUCUAUGUAGGCUGAGGGUUGUGAAAAAUGGCAUCUGCUACAGACAUAAUCACCUAUAUCGGUGUCCCACUCGCAGUCCUGGGCGUCCUGCCGAUUCUCUACACUUUUGUGCUCGCAAUACUUACGCAACGACGUAUCCGUACUUCACUACUCCAUCAUGGACACAGACCGGUCAGCCGGACACGUCCUAAUGAAGGCUUCACGAUUCGAAGUUCUCCCAUGACCAGCCUUAUCGAGGUCGAACUACCUAGAUAUACCAUUGCACCUUUGGAGCGGCAUAACGAUGAGUACUGGAAAACCACGAGCGAGGGUCAGGACGAAGAGGAACACCACAGAUUACUGGGUCGGACAGAGACUACCUUGAGCAUGGUCGAGGAAGGUCGUGUCCGAGGAUUCCUGCGGGGUGGUAGCUGGAGAGCUUUCCGCUGGAAGAAAUUGAUUGUAGGCAGGAAACUGUAUAGGAUACAAUACGAAGAUGAACUUCGAGAACCACCCGCCGAGGUUGACUUUUCUGAACUCGUCCACUUUUUACUUGAUUGGGGUGCGGUUCCAGAUGCGAUGGGCUGGGAGAAGCUGAAGUCAGGCGGACUAUGGACACCAGCUGGAACAAUACUAUUGAGCAAGCCUGGAGACGAAGACAAAUCAGAGAAGCAUACAGAUUGGGUGUUGAGAACAAGCAUGCCCGACGAGAGUGAUGGCAUACUGAGCCUCACCAUCAGGUGGGCCAAAGACAUGACAACAGUUGCAGACACAAGAGGUGUCUCAAGUCUUCCGCCAGGCUGGGGCCGGCUUUGUCAACCGAACGUGCUCGAGGCCAACGACAAGCUGAAAGAAGAGACACGAGACCUGCCAACACGAAUUGAAGAGAUGAAAGGAGCGAACAAAUACAGCACCGACAGCUCAAGUCUACGCUUUCGAGCCGAGGACAAUCGCGUUCAGAGACUCUAUUGGGAACAAAAGAAUAUCGAGACUGGGUUUAUCUGCGAACCGUUCAAGACGUACGAACAGUCUACAGCGGCACUGUGGUUCACAUGCGCCGCUUCAUCACUUCUUUCGCGCAGGCAAACGAACGGCGGACUUUGGACGUUCGAUCUUCCUCCAGAAGUCUGUACUUUCGUCCGCAAAGAUUCCAUGCCUUGUGGCGUCAUGGUAAUCCUGGGAUUAUUAGCUGAAACCGAUGCGCCGCAAUGGUCAUCAGAGACCGAAGGCUCAAGACGCGAUGAAUCAAUGAAUUUGUCAAAUCGACACUUCCAGCGCUUUCAAGCUCGACAGGCUGCAGAAAAACUCGAAGCCAUCAUGCCUCCCGAGCAAGCCAGGAUGCACAAAAUGAAUCGUGAAGCCGCAGCACGACAACAGCAAAUCAAUGAUAUGAAUGAGUCCUUCAAGAUGCGCGAGGAGCGCACAGAACGAAGGAUGCGAGAAGCCAUCACUAGUCCUUGCAUGAGCAUCAAAGCGGUUUCUGAAGCCUGUCUAGCCUGGCUGAUCGAGCAGGGUGAGGUAGGCCGGGAAUGGACGGUUGAUCAAUUGGUCGAGGCAGUCUUGUAUUUGCUCGUUGUCGAUCAGAGUCAAAGUGAAGAGGGCGAAGCAAGGAAAGUGACAAGAAUCCUCGACGAGUGGAUGUCAUGGGCCAGAGCGGGUGGAAUGAAGAAACAGCAGGUCAAUCUGCUGGCGGACAAUAAGACGGCUUUCUGCUUCGCUGCGGCUCUGGUCGCUGUAGUGAGUGAAUCGACAAAUUCGGAUACUGGGCAUGGCAAGGCUGGUGUAGAUAUGCUUGAGUGUCUAAGACUAUGGCGGAAGGUUCGCUUGGGGUAGUCAGGUUUAUCAAUGUAUAGAAAGAGAC